AGUAAAGUUUCUUUUUUCUAAUUCCCUCUUUUUUUUUUUUUACUUACAUCGUACAUAAACAACAGUAGAAGAGCGGUUUCAUAUCUCAAACGACGCAAAAACUAUCAUUAAAAAAAAUUUGAAAAAUUAAAAUUAGCAGUAAGAAACAGUAGUACCUCUGAAAUGCCCUUCUGUUGUUUCCAAUAAUAAUAAUAAAAAAGAGCAGACAGAGAGAGAAGCAAAACAGAGAAAAGAAAGACCGUUCCCUUGUGAUCUUGAAUCUCUCUUGAUUAUCCGAUUAUUCUUGUACUGCUCUCUCAUGGCCGGGCCUUGGCUGGUGGAUGGUAAUAGAUUUGCUACAAAAAUCAAGAGUGCAUCAGGUGCAAGUAAUCUUGAAAGAGUUGAAUGGAAGAGUGAUCCUUGUAAAACUUGUCCAAAUUGUCAUCACGUUAUUGACAACAGUGAUGUUGUUCAAGAGUGGCCUGGAUUACCCAGAGGGGUGAAAUUUGAUCCAUCCGAUCAAGAAAUUAUUUGGCAUUUACUUGCAAAAGUUAGUGAUGGUGGCAUAAAACCUCAUCCUUUUAUAAAAGAAUUCAUCCCAACUGUUGAUAAUGAUGAUGGAAUCUGCUAUACUCAUCCUCAGAAUCUUCCAGGUGUUAAGCAAGAUGGCAGUAUAUCCCACUUCUUUCAUAGAGCAAUCAAAGCAUACAAUACUGGGACUCGAAAGCGUCGAAAGAUUCAAGGUGAUAAUUUUGGUGAUGUCCGCUGGCACAAGACUGGCAGGACCAAACCAGUGAUCUUGGAUGGCAUUCAGAAAGGGUGUAAAAAGAUUAUGGUUCUUUACAUGAGUACUGUCAGAGGAGGCAAAGCUGAGAAAACUAAUUGGGUGAUGCAUCAAUAUCACCUUGGAACAAGUGAGGAUGAGAGGGAUGGGGAGUAUGUAGUUUCCAAAAUAUUUUAUCAGCAACAAGCGAACAAGGGAGAAAAACCUGAAGAAGAUUUAUCUGAAAUUGUUGAUGACGUGGUUGCAAAAGUAGAUCCAGUCACUCCCAAGUCUGUAACUCCUGACCCUCCUCGUGCUGAAAGGCGAUGCCAAGAUUUUGAGAUGGGACAAGAAUCUACCAACAUAUGCACAGAUCCCUGUGCUCAGCAACCUGGGAUUGAAUGUUUAGAAGAAGAGGUUAAUCUUCUACAAAAAAACCUCAGUUACGUUGACCAACUAGAGACAGAAAAUAAUGUUAAUCACAUGGUGGGUGAUAAUGAUAAUUGUGCUGGGGAAGAACGAAAAUGGUGGGACAGUGAGUCACAACAGUUGUUGGAUUCACAACAACUUGUGGAAGGGCUAUCUUUGUGCGCUGAGUUUCUUCAGAGCCAAUCUCCAGAUAGGGGUGGACAUGGGACUGAAGCAAAUGGCAAAACUGGUCUUUCUGAUUAUGCCCUGUUAGGGCCAGAGUAUUUAAAGAAAGAUCUAGAGGAGUGCCAGAAUCUGGAACUUGAUCAAGCAAACAUAGAACUUGAUACGCCUCCAGAAUUCAGACUAAGCCAGCUUGAAUUUGGAUCACAGGAUAGCUUUACUGCGUGGGGUUGAAGUCAAGGUGGCUGACUAAACAUUGCUGUGCAAUUUCAAUCCCGAUCGUGGAAGGGGGAUCAUUCUAUGUUUGACCUUUUUUUUAUACUUUGCCCUUUAACUCUACAAGGGUGCAUUUUGAAGCUAUAAUAUUUUGCAGGAUGACUUCACUGUCAUUCAUGUUGGCGAAAUUACUGUUAUUAUAACCUAUGCUGUAAUUGUAACCACAUAGUUUCUAUGAGGUAGAUCAAAGUUAUUGUCUCUCUUUUUUAA